UUAAGAUGAGAAAUAUGAUUAUUUAAUUCGUAGAAGGGGGGCUAAAACAAGAACACUGGCGUCUGGUGCUAUUACCACUUUUUCACUUCGUAGUUGAAGUGAUCUUUCUUGUAACAUCAACAAUGGCGUACUUGAGCAUGGGUGAAGCUCACAGAAGAAUCACCGAAUACCUCAACCGUUUCUCCGACGCUGUUUCAUACCAAAACGGCAUCUCUCUCAAAUCUCUCUUCUCUCUCUCUUCCAACUCCCACUUCCUUCUCUCUCUCUCCGACGCUCUCAUCCUCGUCAACGAUUUCAAUCGACUCAUCAACCAAAACGAUAACUACUCUCACUUCUCAGAUAUCAUCUCUCCUCUUUUUCGAUCACUUCAACACUAUAAACAGUCCAAUUUCGUUGAAGCCUAUAACGCUUUCGAAAAAACCGCUAAUGCGUUUGUUCAGGAGUUUCGUAAUUGGGAAUCCGCGUGGGCUCUUGAAGCUGUAUACGUUGUUGUUUAUGAAAUUAGGGUUCUUGCUGAAAAGGCUGACAGACAAUUGGCUGCAAUUGGAAAAUCUCCUGAGAAGUUGAAAGGUGCUGGUUCUUUACUCAUGAAAGUUUUUGGCAUCCUUGCGGUAAAAGGUGCUAAGCGUGUUGGAGCAUUGUAUGUAACUUGUCAGUUAUUCAAGAUUUACUUUAAGCUUGGUACAGUUAACCUUUGCCGCAGUAUAAUAAGAAGUAUUGAAACUGCAACAACCAUAUUUGAUUUUGAGGAAUUUCCUAAUAGAGACAAGGUCACUUACAUGUACUAUACUGGUCGUCUCGAAGUUUUCAAUGAAAAUUUUCCUUCUGCUGACUAUAAAUUAUCCUAUGCCUUGAAGCAUUGCAACCAACAGCAUGAAGCCAAUAUAAGGAUGAUUCUUAAGUAUCUGAUUCCAGUGAAGCUUUCAAUAGGCAUAUUGCCCAAUCACAGGCUCUUGGAGAAGUACAAUCUACUUGAGUACGGUAAUAUUGUACAAGCUCUAAAAAGGGGCGAUCCUCGACUUCUUCGGUCUGCACUCCAAUAUCACGAGGACUGGUUCUUGAGAUCAGGUGUAUAUCUUGUCCUAGAGAAAGUAGAACUUCAAGUAUACCAGAGAUUAGUAAAGAAGAUUUACAUCAUUCAAAAGCAGAGAGACCCAAGCAGAGCUCACCAGGUGAAGUUGGAGGUUAUUGUUAAAGCACUGAAAUGGCUUGAAAUUGACAUGGAUGUGGAUGAGGUAGAGUGUAUAAUGGCCAUACUGAUAUACAAGAAUCUUGUGAAAGGUUACUUUGCCCACAAAAGCAAAGUGGCUGUAUUGAGCAAGCAAGACCCUUUCCCCAAGUUAAAUGGAAAACCUGUCAAUUCAUAAGGACUGGAAUAUCACCCAUGAUUCUAAAUUUCGAUGUGCAAGAAAGCCUGGCAAUAGCAGGGUAAUUUUGUGAAAGGGUUCUUCGGCCAUAGGUUUGUUGUAUUGAAUGUUCAAGAACCCCUGAAUGUGUUCUUGUUGUUAAAAUAUCUUAGUACUGUUUCAGUUUCAAAGCAAGCUACUGUCUAGUUAAGAUGACACUUAUUCUUGCAAUUUAGAUUGUGGUUUAGUUUCCACUUGUAUGUAUGGUUGUAUGUUUUAUAAGGGAUACCAGUGGAAGUGGAAAUCACUGAUCUAGUUGCAUUAACCUGUAUUUUUAGCUCGGAUAUUAUUAUUGUUGACAUAGUUACUACUGAGAACCUAACAUGUGGUUAACUUAGUGAGAACCUGUAAUUUGUUUUAAGUUAUUAUUUUUGAGCCAUCAUAAUGUUUAAUCAGCUUAGUAUUA